GGAGGAGACGCAACGCAACGGUACCCCUGGCACUCAUUCAGCGAUGCAGGCACUAGCACGAGCGGCGGGGGGGCUCUGGCCGGCGGCGGCCGCGGCCGCGGGGAGGGGGAACUGCGGGCAGGUGCAGCCGUCCCGGGGGAUCGUGGUGCAGGUGAGGGACGGCAACCUUGAGCGCGCGCUCCAGGUGAUGGAGCGCAAGAUGCGGUCCAGCGGCAUCGAGCGGCUCAUCAAGCGCCGGACGGAGCACCACGUCAAGAACUCCGAGAAGCGCGUGCUCGCGCGCAAAGCGCUCAUGGCGCGCGUACGCUCCCAGGAGCUCGGCAAGAGUCUCCGCGAUAUCCUCAUCAAGAAGAUCAGGGGUCAGUAAGGGCAUCUCUCAGUGGGCAGCAUUUUUCAGCAACAUUCGAUGGUACUACAGCAGGGUUACAAUGCUAUUCUUCAUGGGUGCAUCCUGUUGAACAUGUACUCAAUCUUCAUGGUGGAAUUUAGUAAUUUGUCUGUUUAGAGCAGCAUUGAUAAAUAAUACUCACCUGCGUGCCAAGAAUCUUUUCAUGUCUUGGAUCACAGACAAGUUUGUGAUAAUUCGUUGAGGAAUUUUUAUGGUA